GGCCAACGUCCUCAAUUUCUCUCCUCGUUCUGUUUUGGACUUCGUUCUUGCGUUGUUGAAUUUGUCGCUGCGCGCUGUAGCUGUAUGCUUCGCAUUUCUUCAUAGUCUCUCGUUAUACUAUCGUUACUAUUAAUAUUCUCUGUACUUUGUUCCUACUUCCUUCUUUAUCCUUUCUCGCCGCUCGCUCAGGGGGAUUUAAUCGUGUACUGGACAUUUAUCAGCUUCACAGCGCAAUGAAGUCGUCUAUCCUCGCUGCUGGCGCUUUCCUCGCCGGAAGCGCCUUUGCUUCCACUGCGUUGGACCCCGUCAUCUCCUAUGGAAGCAAGUUCUUUUACAAGACCAAUGGCACCCAGUUCUACAUCCGCGGUGUUGCUUACCAGGAACCUGUCACCGCCACGACCACCUCCACCUUCAUCGAUCCGUUGGCAGACAUCUCGACCUGUAAACGUGAUAUUCCUUAUUUGACCGCUAUCCGCACCAACACCAUUCGUGUAUAUGGCGUGCAAGCCAACAGUUCCCACGACGACUGUGUCAAUGCCUUUGCCGCCGCUGGCAUUUACAUCAUUGUUGAUUUGGGCUCCCCUACCGACUCGAUCAACCGUAACUCACCCUCCUGGGAAACGAGCCUGUAUACGCGCUACACUGAAGUUAUCGACGCCUUUGCCAACUACACCAACGUCAUUGGAUUCUUUGCUGGCAAUGAAGUCUCGAACUCGGUCAACACUACCGCUGCGAGCGCUUUCGUCAAAGCUGCCGUUCGCGACUCCAAGGCUUACAUCAAACAAAAGGGCUACGGGAAGGGUGUUGGCUACGCUGCUGCCGAUGUUACUGAUAUCCGUGUUCAGUUGGCCGAUUACUUUAACUGCGGUACUGCUGACGAAUCUGUCGACUUCUUUGGUGACAAUGUCUACGAAUGGUGCGGUACCACUGCUACAUACAAGUCUUCCGGCUACAACGACAUCAACUCGGACUUUUCCAACUACUCGGUUCCCUACUUCUUCGCCGAGUACGGCUGCAACAAGGUCCAACCCCGUACUUUCACCAACAUCGAAGCUAUGUACGGUCCUGACAUGGAGGACAUGCUUAACGGCGGUAUUGUCUAUGAAUACUUCCAAGACACCAACUCAUAUGGUCUCGUUACUACGAGUGGCUCUAGCAUCAAGACGCUUGAUGACUACUCUGCUUUCUCCACUGAGAUCGUCAAGGCCACUCCUACUGGCAUCAACAAAGCCUCUUACACGCCCACCAACACCGCCCUUCGCGCCUGCCCAACUGUCGACGCCAGCUGGCAAGCCGCUUCUGCUCUUCCCCCGACGCCCAACAAGGCUCUCUGCGACUGCAUGUUCAGCAGCUUGACCUGCGUUGUCCAGGACAGCACCUCCACCACCGCCUAUGGCGACCUCUUCAACUAUUUCUACGGCCUUGAUGGCGGAAAGUACGUUACCGGCAUCACCGCUAACGGCACAACUGGUGUCUACGGCGCGUACAGCAUGUGCGAGGACAAGGAGAAGCUCUCCUGGGCCAUGAACGAUUACUACCAGGCCCAGGUUGCCGCCAACAACGCCAACGGUGCCUGCGACUUCAGCAGCAAGGCCUCCACCCAGGCUGCCACCACCACAGGAUCCUGCUCCAGCUUGAUCUCCGCCGUCGGUACUGCCGGCACCGGUUCAGUCAGUGCUACUGGCACCGGCAGCUCCUCCAGCUCGUCCGGCGCCGCAUACCCUGGCUUCGCCCCCACCGCUGUCUUCGUUGGCAAGUGGCAGAUGGGUGCAUACAUCGUGACGGCCCUGCUUAGCGGUGCUGCCAUGCUUGUCCUGUAGUCGGCCUCAUGUUGUGUUUCUCAGCGUCCAGUCAGUCAUUUAGAGAAACUGUUCUAUCUUUACUUUUCGAUGUAUAUUGAGUGACAAAAUUUGGACCUUUAUUUCCUUAUUUAUAUAGUUGGCUUGUGAACAUUACAAUUAUACCGUCUAGUUUUGACCUCGUAAAGCCAGGUAAUUUCUUCUUUGACCAACCUAUUUACAUAAACCCCGUUACAUAGAUAGUCACAGGGGAG